UACAGAUGCCAUUUUGUAGAUGGAAAACAGGAAAAAUAGUGUGCUCGGUUAUUCUGGCUAGUUCUGACUUAACCAUUUUUUCAUCAUGCCAGUCUCGUGUGCCGCUGUAGGCUGUACAAACCGAUUCAUUAAGGGGUCAGAAAUACGGUUCUACAGGUUUCCAAUUAGCAAACCUCAGCUUGCGUCUCAAUGGGUACAGAGUCUGGGUCGCAAGGGUUUCAUCCCCACGCCUAAUUCGUGUCUCUGCUCAGAGCACUUUGAGCCAGACUGCUUUCGUGAUUACAAUGGAAGGCAGUUUCUGAGGGAAGAUGCUGUUCCCACCAUUUUCACAGCUUCCCAAAGUCCUGGACCAGACACUCUGAGGAUUGAAUUACGAAAGAAUCGUGGAGUGGUUGCACCUAAAGAUGCAAAUAAAGUUCAGGCCAGCCAGUUGAGCACUGUGUCAGAGAAGGAGAAAGUAAAGGAGCGAGAGAGAGCAAAAGUAGGUACAACAGACAAGCGGCAAAAGAUGAAGGAGACAAACGCUGCCAACUAUAAGGCCGCAGCACGUAGGAUCCAUUCGCGAAAAGUCUGAAUUGCCGAUGCGUUCGUUGAACGGUACCCAA